AUGGCGCCCGAGCAGCCCACCGCGACCGCGAAUGCCAACAGUUCGGAAGAGGCAGACCUCGCGAAGGCCUUCCAGGAGCUAGCUAAGGGUGAACGUACUGCUACUGCACUCGAAAAUCAGCUGAACAGCAUGGAGGCGCGGAUAGAGGCUCUGUUGGCACAGGCCGAGAGAGAAAAGCAAGAAAUGGAGCAGAUGAGGGCGGCGGGCGAGAGUGAAGGGUCUGAGCAGGAUCGGGGAGGGAAAGAGGAUGCUUGA